UGACGGGGCGGAGCGUUUUGUUUCUUGUCUCUGUCUGUCGCCGGCUCAACUAUUAAUUAGCUGUGUUCAGUAAAAACCUUUCCGAAAACGGAGUUUUAUUUUAUUAUUCUUAGUAGUAUUUUUUUAGCCAGAGGAUUAUACAAAGUGCAUCACUGCGCCAAGACGAGUCUGUUGUAUAGCGAGGUACCGUGGAGCGUACACUACGAAGAUGGACUCGGAAGAGCGACGUGCCCUCCGAGUGGAGGGCCGGUCUUUGGGGCCAGGACUGGGGCUGCAACUCUUGAUGAGGCCGCGGGGUGUUUUGGUGCUCCUGCUGGCAGGCCUGACCGCUCUCGGACACUGCAAGGACUGCGACAAGCCAUGUAUCAAUGGACAGUGCAGCACUGCUAGCGGCACUUGCCUCUGCGAGCCAGGCUGGGUCGGGGACCAGUGCCAACACUGCGGGGGACGCUUCAGGCUGACUGGAUCCUCUGGAUUCUUAACAGAUGGGCCUGGCAACUACAAGUACAAGACUAAGUGUACCUGGCUGAUAGAGGGAAAAGUCAACACCAUCCUCAGAUUGCGGUUCAAUCAUUUUGCCACCGAGUGUAGCUGGGAUCAUCUUUAUGUUUAUGAUGGUGAUUCAAUAUAUGCACCCUUACUGGCUGCAUUUAGUGGGCUUAUUGUUCCUGAGAAAUAUGCAAAUGAGACUAUACCAGAAGUGGUUUCCAAGUCAGGCUAUGCCCUUCUGCACUUCUUCAGUGAUGCAGCCUACAAUUUAACAGGAUUCAACAUCUCCUACAGGAUUAAUUCUUGUCCCAAUAACUGUUCGGAUCAAGGGUUGUGUUUACUGAAUGACACGACCAAAGAGGUGUUCUGUCAAUGUAAAGAAAAUUGGAAAGGAGAAGCCUGUGACAUCCCUUACUGCAUUGAGGACUGUGGCACCCCAGACCGAGGCAUAUGUGCCAACAUUAGCAAACGCUGCCUUUGCAAUAGUGGAUGGCAAGGUCCCGAUUGUUCCAUUCCCUUGCCCGCUAACCAGUCAUUCUGGACCAGAGAGGAAUAUCCUGUUCAGAGCCUAGCACGAGCCUCACAUAAAGCAGUGGUGAACAACAACAUCAUGUGGGUGAUUGGUGGUUAUGUGUUCAAUUAUUCAGACUACAAGAUGGUUAAAGCGUAUGAUCUUGUUUCUGAAGAGUGGCUGCCUCUAAAUCAGUCUGUAGACUCUGUGAUUGGCAGAUAUGGACACUCUUUAGCAUUAUUCAAGGAUAAAAUCUAUAUGUAUGGUGGUAAGAUUGACUCCACAGGGAAUGUGACAAACCAGCUGUGGGUGUUUUAUAUUCAGAACCAGUCCUGGGUGCUUGUGAACCCAAAGGCUAAGGAGCAGUAUGCUGUUGUUGGGCAUUCUGCGCACAUUAUCAGACUACUUGAUGACAGUGUGGUCAUGCUUGUCAUUUUUGGUCACUGUCCACUGUAUGGCUAUAUUAGCAAAGUACAAGAGUAUAACCUUGCAACAAAUGAGUGGAGCAUCCUCACAACUCAAGGAGCCCUUGUUCAGGGAGGCUAUGGUCACAGCAGUGUCUAUGACUCUAAAACCCGGGCCAUCUACAUCCAUGGCGGCUACAAGGCAUUCAGUGCCAACAAAUAUGGACUGGCAGAUGAUCUUUAUAAGUAUCAGGUGGAUACACGCAUGUGGACAAUUCUCAAGGACAGUGGCUUCUUCCGUUAUUUGCACACUGCAGUCAUUGUUAGUGGAACAAUGCUUGUUUUUGGAGGAAACACGCAUAAUGAUACUUCAAUGAGCCAUGGUGCCAAAUGUUUUUCUUCUGACUUCAUGGCUUAUGAUAUUGCUUGUGAUGAGUGGUCAGUGCUGCCCAGACCAGAUUUACAUCAUGAUGUGAACCGAUUUGGACACUCUGCAGUCUACAGCAACAGAAUCAUGUAUAUAUUUGGGGGUUUCAACAGUCUGCUUCUCAGUGAUGUUUUGAUGUUCACACCAGCCAGCUGUGCAGCCUUUCUCAGUAACAGCACCUGCACCCAAGCUGGUCCAGGCAUCCGCUGCCUGUGGAAUGCUACUUUGGAGAAGUGUUUGUCUUGGGAGUCUGCCAGCCCAGAGGAGGAACAGCAAGUCAUCUCAACGUGCCCAGCUAAAGCAUUUGCUGACAAUGAGAAAUGUGAUCAGUAUACUGACUGCUACAGCUGCACAGCGAACACAAAUGGCUGCCAGUGGUGUGGUGACCAAUGCAUUUCCAUGAACAGCAACUGUACUGCAGUACCGAGUCCAAUUUCUGAGUACGAGGCAUGCCGCAAAGAUAACCCAGAGUAUGUCUGCAAUAAGAAGACAAGCUGUAAGAGCUGCGCCAUGGAUCAGAACUGCCAGUGGGAGCCACGAAACCAAGAGUGCAUUGCCCUUCCUGAAAACAUUUGUGGGGAGAAUUGGCACCUGGUUGGUAACUCAUGCUUGAAAUUUACAACGGCCAAAGACAACUAUGACAAUGCUAAGCUGUCAUGUCGCAACAACAAUGCUGCACUGGCAUCUCUAACAACACAGAAGAAAGUGGAAUUUGUGCUUAAGGAGCUACAAAUUAUGCAUGUCUUGUAUAAAGCCACGGUGACUCCUUGGGUAGGCCUACGCAAAAUCAAUGUGUCUUACUGGUGCUGGGAGGACAUGUCUCCUUUUACCAACACAUCUCUGCAGUGGUUACCUGGAGAACCCAGUGAUGCUGGCUUUUGUGGAUACCUAGCUGAGCCCUCCCAGUCGGGCUUGAAAGCAGCCACCUGUGUCAAUUCUGUCAAUGGCAGCUUAUGUGAACGUCCAGCAAAUCACAGUGCCAAACAGUGUCGCACCCCUUGUGCCUUGCGUGCGACUUGCAGUGAAUGUACCAGUGGAAGUUCUGAAUGCAUGUGGUGCAGCAACAUGAAGCAGUGUGUUGACUCAAAUGCCUAUGUGGCCUCCUUUCCUUUUGGGCAGUGUAUGGAGUGGUACACAAUGAACAGCUGUCCACCUGAAAAUUGUUCAGGUUACCGUACAUGUGGCCAGUGCUUGGAUCAGCCCGGUUGUGGGUGGUGCACAGAGCCCACCAAUACCGGUAAAGGACAGUGUAUCGAAGGCUCGUACCGUGGCCCAGUCCAGAUGCCCAUUCCUAGUUCCUUCCAGGAGCCUGCUCUUAAUACCACCAUGUGUCCAUUUGACCACAAAUACAAUUGGUCUUUCAUCCAGUGUCCAGCUUGCCAAUGUAAUGGCCACAGCAGAUGUAUCAAUGAAAGUGUCUGUGAGAAGUGUGAAGACCUGACCACAGGAAAACAUUGUGAGACCUGUAUUUCAGGCUACUAUGGAGAUCCUACCAAUGGAGGCACAUGCCAGCCCUGCAAGUGCAAUGGCCAUGCAUCCAUCUGCAAUGCACAAAGUGGGAAGUGCUUCUGUACCACCAAAGGAAUUAAAGGGGACAAGUGCCACCUUUGUGAAGUCGAAAAUCGAUACCAAGGAAACCCACUAAAGGGAACUUGCUACUAUACCCUGCUAAUUGAUUAUCAGUUCACAUUCAGUCUAUCCCAAGAUGAUGACCGUUACUAUACAGCCAUUAACUUUGUUGCUACUCCUGAAGAACAAAAUCGGGAUCUGGACAUGUUUAUCAAUGCUUCCAAAAACUUCAAUCUUAACAUCACAUGGGCAACCAGCUUUGCAGCUGGCACACAAGCUGGAGAGGAGGUUCCAAUUGUGUCCAAGAAUAACAUCAAAGAAUAUAAGGACAGUUUUUCUAAUGAAAAAUUUGAUUUCCGAAACAGUCCUAACAUUACAUUCUAUGUGUAUGUCAGUAACUUCACCUGGCCCAUUAAGAUACAAAUUGCAUUCUCCCAGCACAGCAAUUUCAUGGACCUGGUGCAGUUCUUUGUGACCUUUUUCAGCUGCUUCUUGUCCCUUCUUCUGGUAGCAGCAGUUGUGUGGAAAAUUAAGCAAAGCUGUUGGGCAUCACGGCGAAGAGAGCAACUUCUCCGUGAGAUGCAGCAAAUGGCUAGCCGUCCCUUUGCAACCAUCAACUUGGCCUUAGAGAUGGACGAAGAACCUCCUGACCUUAUUGGUGGAAGUAUAAAGAGUGUCCCCAAGCCUAUUGCUCUGGAGCCAUGCUUUGGAAACAAGGCUGCAGUUCUUUCCAUAUUUGUGAGGUUACCAAGGGGGUCUGGCGGUAUUCCUCCACCUGGGCAGUCAGGUCUCGCUGUUGCCAGUGCCUUGGUGGACGUUUCUCAACAAAUGCCUAUAGCAUACAAAGAUAAAUCUGGAGUGGUAAGAAAUCGAAAACACCAACCACCGGCACAGCCGGGAACCUGCAUUUGACCUUUGACUUGACCCCAGCUAGACUCUGAGCUUUGAACAAGGAGAUGGGGCCAAAGAUGGGACUGAGCUUUGAUUUCUUUUGCUCAAGGGACAGGACAUAAUUCUCUUCUUUAGGAAUUGCAGCAACUAAUAAGUUAUUGGCUGGAUGAACUGAUGAUUUGAUGUCCAGUAAUAAAAGAAAUGAAGACAAAAAACAAAAAAAGAAACUCUCUGCUAUCAUUGUACAAAAAGACACGUGGAAAAGAACUCUGCCCUCACUUCUCAUUCUACACUUCUGGAAUCCAGAAAAAAGACAACUGUUGGGAAACCAACUCAAAAUUGUUUUACUUUUACCGUCAUCUGUUGUUUUUUUUUGUUUUGUUUUGUUUUUUUUAUUUAUUUAUUAUAAGUAAACCGUGUCUAGUCAUGUUUAACAGAACACUAACUGUAUGCAUGCACUGUGCCCUUAGGCUUUCAAGCGGCUAUGAGAACAUUUUUGCGUUCCUAAAGCAUCGCCUGAAUGUUGACAAGGUCUGCUGCUUACUCCUCGGAUUUAUGAAGUCAGGCAGUAGUUUGUUUAAAGACCCUUUGCAUCCGUUUAUCCAAUAAAUUUAACAACCUGUUAAAAAAAUAAAUAAAUCACUCCGAACAAUAAUGGCAUUUAGGAAGAUAACUAGAUGGUGUCAGGUGUCACGUUUUAUCAUUCCAGCAUGCAAUCAUCUUGGCCUUUUUUCCUUCCACUCUGUUUAUUUUUAUGAAUGGCAUUGUUUUUGUUUGCUACGGCCUAAGUUGUACCAGGCAGCUACACAUGUAUACUGUUGUUUAUUAGGGGAGCUGACCACGUUCUAAAGCUGAAUUCAUGGGAAACCUCUUCAGCAGGGUUUCCUUAGUUGUGCAGAAGCAAUUCUAGAUGGAAAAGCAAUUUGGAGCUGCUUGAAUGGCUACAGUCCAAAUUUAAGAUACAAUCUAAUGUACUGUAUUUGUCCCACAUUGAGGCUCUCAUAAAUCGUACUGUGAUAAAUCUCCUUGUUAAACCAAGAUGCGUUUGGACUGGAGAGAGUGACGUGCCAGACCCCCAUGUCAUAGCCAAGUGCUCAUUGUCCAGGUGUCUUCACCCACUCCUGCAGACCUGUACCCACCAGGCAUUUGUGAAACGACUCCUGCAUCUUCACUGCUGGGCCUCAUUAUUUAGUUUUGUUAUUCUGUAGACUGUUCCAUUAAAUUAAAGAAAGAAUAAAAGUCUUUCUUGAAAGAAUAAUUUGUAUAAGCCGCACAGAGAGCAAUAUAGAUUUUUUUCUGUUUUGAGGGAUACAGGGAGAUGAAGUACCCGUAUGCAGUAAGUGAUGGCGUUCGUCAAGCAAAUGGGCGGUCAGUCUGAAUCGAACAGUCGGGGAGUGCUCCUCAUGACAGAUUUAUGUGCAUGGCAUGCUGCCCGCUCGGUGAGUCCCAAACUGGCAUCUCUGUCACUAAUUAGUUGAUGAGUGAUAUUUGAAGUAGCGCAGCUUUCUAAUUGUUUUUUUUUUUGUUUGUUUUUUUUUAACUUGAAAAUGGAAAAUCACUGCUUGUUGGAUUAAUUAAUUGUACAUGCAGGAUAAUUUUGUUUUUAUUCCAAUUUUUGUUUCUCAAUUUUCAUCACUUUUUUUAUUAUAAAGAAAUUUGGUGAUAAUUUAUAAGUCUUAAUUUAUUAUCAUUUUGUAACACUAUAAGAAUAGUAUGUGUUUUGGCCAGUUUGUUGUACUCUGAACUGCCAGCCGUGCUCUUUAUUUCCUUACAGAAUGGUUCAGCGGUCAAGCAUCUGCUGUUCAUUACGUAAUUGUUCUCAAAGUGCAGUUCCUUAAGAAAUUGUUUGGAGAUAUUUCUCUUUAGAGCUGUCCGGGGAACUCUUCAAUAUAGCAUCUCAGCAGAGGAGUAAAUGCGUCGCCACUCCGGUUCUUGGUCCUUACUGAGACUUGUGACGUGGUGAGUGGGAGCUGCUCUGGAACUGUGGGUGAAUGUCCAGCCCCCAUGGUCCUUAGGGUGAUGAGCUUCAUUUGCACUGAAACAGAAGGAAAUCUCUUGCCAGUCGUCCUGUUCGUCGCCUUCUCAUGAGUGUGUUGAGAAAUCACUUUAAUGGUUUAAUGUUACCGACUAUUAAAUUGACAUCACAAUUUAGAGGUCAGAAGCUGCCUUUAAUAAAAUGGUGACCAUCUAAUAUUUCAAGGAAAAUUACAACUAUAAAUUGUAAUUGUUAGGAAAAUAUAAACUAUAGAGAGAGAGAGAGAUUUUUAAAAUGCUUCCAGAAGUUUAUUAUAGUAAUAAGAGGCUGGCCUCCUAUUUGCACACACAUUUUUUUUUUCUAAACCAAGGCAAAUAGAAAGAAACAAAUAUAUUUGUCAAACGAGUGAGCCCUUGGGCCCUGGAAGCCUGAGAAAUGAGCAUUUCUAGAGGCGGAGCUUGGACACUUUGAACCAAAACGUGAUUGGCUGAAAACCAGUCAAGUACUGGGACUGCCUUUAAAGAUGCUGGGAUCCUUUGGAGAGAAGCUGCCAACUUAUACCUCCAGAGAAACACACAUCCAAUUCAGAGGCCGGGGUCUCGCUGUGACCCCUUCAAGCUCCUCGCCCGUAUGAAUGCGAAGAUGUAGGUGAGCCAGUGAAUCAAUGUGGAGCCUUGCCUAUUUAAGUCUGCAGAUUUCUGUUUGUCAUAGUUACUAUUUACCAUGUAGAUAUGAACAUGCAGUCUGUGUACAAUAUGUACAAUUUAGUGUUGAUUGCACUUCUUUGUAAAUAAACAAGAAGUAUUGUAAACAAGUUCAGUACCAGGAACAUUCUCAUUAAAGAUUAUAUAUACUAGGAACUUACAGGAAUGCACUUUUUUGGGUACAUUAUUAAUAAUACAUUUUUCUAUUGUAAAAAAAAAUAAUAACUGCUAACUUGAAGCAAAAAGUAAUGUAUGUUCUGAUAAUUUUAAUUGAGACCAUGUGUAACAUUUGUAAAUAAAGAAUGACAAGUUUUGGUCUAAAAAUAAAAAAAAAAAAUUAAAGUACUCUUCAGAC